CCAAAUUCAGUCAGUCAACUCUGACUCGGUCAUUUCUUCCGCUGCCCCGCUUAACGCCUGAAAGGACGGUGACCCACUCCGCCGCAACGCCGCUUGAAUCCUAGAAGUGUGAGAAAAUAGCCUCUAGAAUGAUCCGUGAAGUUGCUCCGUUUCUUCGAGUGAAAAGGCUCUCGGAGAAAGCCAUUUUACCGUCUAGGGGUUCCCCUCUUUCAGCCGGCUAUGAUCUCUCUAGUGCCGUGGAGACGAAGGUUCCUGCUAGAGGAAAAACUUUGGUGCCAACGGAUCUCAGCGUCGCUGUUCCUGAAGGAACAUAUGCUCGAAUUGCACCGCGGUCUGGGCUGGCGUGGAAACACUCUAUCGAUGUGGGGGCAGGAGUAGUGGAUGCUGACUACCGGGGGCCGGUUGGGGUGAUCCUUUUCAACCAUUCCGAUGCUGACUUUGAAGUGAAGGCUGGAGAUAGAAUCGCACAGUUGAUCAUCGAGCAGAUUGUGACCCCGGAAGUGGCUGAGGUUGAUGAUCUUGAUUCCACGGCUCGCGGCUCCGGUGGGUUUGGGUCUACCGGCGUCUAAGAACUUGAUGUUUCUCGUCAUUGGGAAGUUAGUAUGGUAGAUUAUGGUGAAGAUAGUACAGUCGAAAUAUGGGUUUUCUGACUUGGUUCAGCAAUUUGGUGUAAGCAACUUCGGCUUUCCUCGUAUUAACAUGGAAAUUAUGAUGCAACAUUUGCGGAUUGCUAAAUUCAUGACAACAAAUUGUUUUGA